GGAAUUGAGGUCAUGGAUCAGUCAAUAUAAGAGAGGCUUGCAAUUGGCAGAAUUACAGGAACGAAACGAACCAUCGCCGGCAAGCGCCUCCAAAAAGCAAAAGAAAGCCAAAGAGAAGAAGGGCAGCAAAGGAAACAAGUCACAACUCGCUAAUGUCGAUACCAACGCCGCCAAUGCCGAUCUGAUCGGUCAAAUAUUGGAUGAGGCAUCUCGAGGUUCCAUCUCUAGAAAUUCAAACCCAAGGAGUGGACGUGGUGACACGAGCUUGUCUCGAAACGCGUCGAUAUCAGGAGAAGUGAACCUAAGUGAUCUCCUGACAUCGGCGAGUGGGACCCCCUCUAGCGGUGCACUCUACAAGGGGUCGCCCGAGGUGCUGCACUCGUCGACGAGC